CGCAUCUUUCAGUUAAGAUUCGUUUUUCUUUUUCUUUGUAGUUUUCGAGUAGUAUUUCUUCGAUCUGUGAUUUAUAGUGCAAUAUGAAGUUCUUACUUAUCAUCGCAUCCCUAUCAUUCGCUUUAGCAGAACCUCCAGUACCCUCAGGUCUGUACGGUACGCCCAACCGAUACGUACCUCCCCAGAACGAAUACCUACCACCCCAAAACCGAUACAUCCCACCCUCAGCGCCCACUGCUCCUCCCGCACCAAGAUACAUUCCACCAUCCACGAAUUAUGGAGUUCCAGCCCAAACCACAGCUGUAGUGAAACCCAACACCGAAUACGGCGCUCCAAGUACAUCUUAUGGGGCUCCAAGCUCAUCUUAUGGCGCACCAAGCACAUCUUAUGGCGCUCCAAGCACAUCUUAUGGCGCUCCAAGCUCUACGUAUGGCGCACCAUCCGGCGGAUAUGGUAGAGGAGGUCCUGAUUACCCAUCGGAACCAGCCAACUACGAAUUCGAAUACCACGUUCAAGAUGCCCAGUCUGGAAAUGAUUUCGGCCACAAAGAACAGAGACAGGGAGAUGUUGCUCAAGGCAAAUACUUCGUUCUCCUUCCAGACGGUAGACUGCAAACUGUUGAAUAUACAGCUGACCAAAAUGGAUACAAACCUAAAAUUAGCUACCAGCAAGUAGGAGGAGGAUAUUCUGGAGGUGGAUAUUCUGGAGGUGGAUACCCAUCCAGCAACGGAGGAUACCAAUAUUAAGAGAAAAUUGCUUGAAAAGAUAAUUAAAAUACGUUUUAUCAGCUCUGAUUUUUGUAAAAAGCCGAUCAUUUAAUACGUAUUUUAAUGGAAACGAAAAAUGUGCCUGAUUUUAAAGUGAACUAAUUUAUGAAGAAUCCUUUUGUGCAAUUUAACUCUAACAGAAAGUUAGUUUUAUUUUGCAUUGUACACAAAUACCUAUAGCUUUAAUAUUUUUAUAGAUUUGUUUAAAUACUAAUUUGCAAACAUAUUGAUGGAUGAUUACCGAAUACGGAUUACGAGAUAUUGUAUAUAAGUACACUUGAAUCUAAAAAUGCAUAUUUAAAAAUAUUAGCAUUUUAAGAUUUUUUAAUU